AUUACACUUUAUAUAUAUAUAUAUAUAUAUAUAUAAUUAAGUAUGAGUUCUAGCAAAAAAAAUAGCGGUAAAGGAAAAGAGAAAGCACAAGAUAACGAAGAAAGUAGACUUUUUAAAUUAUUUAAUUUUGGUAAAAAAAAUAGUAAAGAAAAAAAGAGUAGUAAAAGUGGUGGUACUUCAUCUAAAUCAACGAGUAGAGUUAGAUUUAACAUAAAUGAUUCUACUUAUGUUGAUGAUACUCCUUAUAAUAUUGAUUCAAAUGUUCAACUCGAUCACGAAAGUUUAGAACGACGUUAUGGUAAUAUUAAUCCUAAUGUUGAUGAAAAUUCAGGUGAAGAAGUAGAAGCUGAUUUGGGAGAAGAGGAGUUAGAUGAAACACCUACUAGUCCGGUGACAGAAGUUCCAAAUGAGACUAUCAAUUUACCGGAGCAAAAUUUUGGACAUCCACCCCUUAUACCUCCCACAAGGGAGAAGAAAACUUGGAAAUCAAAGAUGGCAAUGAAGAUUUAUUAGGAUGGUGGAGUAGACGAAGCGAUGCAUUUCCAACUUUGAGCAAAAUGGUUCGUGAUAUUCAAGCUAUUCAAACUUCAUCAGUUGCAGCGGAGGCUGCUUUCAGUGCGGCAAGGUUUCAAAUCGGUGAUCAUAGACAUUCAUUGGCGAAAGACAGUUUGGAAACAACAGUUUUAUUUAGAGACUGGUGCAAUGCCGAAAGGAUGAAUAACAAUUUGCCAAAGUUAAGUAAAAAACAAGCAACUUGGAUCAAAACACAAAUUGAAUGCAGUGAUGAUGAAUUAGAGGCACAAGAAUUUCUAACAAGUUUGCCAACACCGGAGGAUAUCACAAUCGAUAUGAUACGACAAUUACAAUUAAAUUUUAAAGGAGAAAACAGAUAUUAUUAGAUUACAUUCGAGAACUAAUUGAAACAGAACCCUUCCUAGAAGGUGGCUGCGUAAAAUUAGUUACUCAUCUAAUAUCUGUAACAAAUAUUAGUUUUACGUAUGAGAACUUAUUGAAACAGAACCCUUCCUAGAAGGUGGCUGCGUAGAUUAGUUACUCCACUAAUAUUUGUUAAUUGUAAGUUGUAACUUAUAAGUUCUAUUGAAUAAAUUUGAAGGUUUUAACUUUUGUUCAA